UCUAUUGUUAUUCUCUGUCGUUGUGUCGUCUGCUCUCGACCACGCUUGCAUUAACGGCGAGUUUAGACUAGACGAGUGACUAGUUCUAUUGUCAUUAGAGCUGAGAAAUGGCCACGAAAAUGGAUUUUUCUCACACGUGGGAAUCAUUAGAGCCAUCUCUAAAAUACACGCAAAAUCCGAACUUUGGAGUUCCGCCGGGAAAACGGAAUUUGUUUCUGAAGACGCUUGGGGAACCGGCUGUGCAGUCUUUUGAUUACAUGUUCCAUGGAGGUCUGAAAAAAGCUGCUCUUGAUAUGUUACCUGUUGAGUUUGAAAUGAAAAAUCAACUGAAAAUUAAGCUGAAGAUUAAUAAAAUCAGCAUUUAUAAACCAACUGUUGGUGAUGAUGUAGUACCUCCACCAAAGAUCCCAGAAACAUUCCCAAAGGAGUGUAGAAUGAGGAACUCGACCUAUAAGGGGAAACUUUUUGUCCAAGUUGGUUGGUCAAUUAGCAAGACACCAGAAGGACCGUUGAUAGCACAAGUACCGUUUGAAAGGUGUCUGGGUGAAAUUCCAGUGAUGAUUCAAUCUGAAAUAUGCAACUUGUCCGGUCUUUCCCCAAAAGAACUGGUUUCAAAAGGUGAACACGAGCAAGAGUGGGGGGGAUAUUUUGUAGUUAAAGGUCAUGAACGUAUUCUUCGGAUGAUUUCGGCCACACGCAAGAAUUACCCUAUGACUGUGCAGCGCGACGUCUGGAAGAGACGUGGUAAACUGUUUACCGACAAGGGUGUUUUCAUUCGCUGUGUAAAAGAAGAUAUGACGGCCACCAACAAUGUGCUGCACUACCUGUCUAAUGGCACAAUGAGGUUGAUGUUCAACUUCAAGAAGAUUUUGUACGUCUUCCCCCUAAUGCUCGUCUUGAAGGCACUUAUCAAUUGCACAGAUUCUUAUAUUUAUGAGCAACUCGUGCAAGGCCUGGAAGGUGACAUCUACUACAAAGAUCGCAUCGUGUUGAUGCUUAGACAAUUACAAGACGAGGGUCUAUACACGCAUGAACACGUACGCAACUUUAUUGGGCGAAAUUUUCGAGCCAAGUUUACUGAUCUCCCCAAGUGGUAUACGGACGAGCAAGUUUGCAAGUUUCUUUUGGAGAAUUCUGUUUUAUUUCACCUAAAGGACAAUAAAGACAAAUUUAAUUUGCUUGUGUUUAUGGCCCGCAAGUUGUUUGCUUUUGCGUAUGGAAAAUGUGCCCUCGAAGGCAUGGACCCGGUGAUGAUGCAAGAAAUUUCUUUGCCCGGCCAUCUUUACCUCCAACUAGUAAAGGAUCGAUUAGCAAGCUGGCUGACCGUAGUGAAAUAUGUCAUUUUGAAGAGAGAAAGAAUGACAAAGAAUUUUGUGUUAACUUCAAGUGAAAUGGGAAUUGCGUUGUCAAAAUCCGGAAAAAUCGACAGCGCCAUCGAAAAUGUUUUUGCCACCGGAAAUCUUCCUGGAACGGCCGAUUUGGGCAUGAAUCAGAACACAGGCUUGAGCAUCAUGGCUGAAAACAUCAACCACAUGCGAUACAUGUCCCAUUUUCGUGCUGUUCAUCGAGGUGCCGUGUUUAUGGAUUCAAGAAGUUCCGAAGUUCGUCAACUUAAGCCGGAUGCGUGGGGCUUUUUGUGCCCGGUCCACACUCCUGAUGGUUCACCUUGUGGAUUGUUGAAUCACUUAUCCGCCACAUGUCACGUGGUAAACGCUACGCAGGAUACAUCUGGUAUACCGACACUCUUGGUCGCCCUUGGUAUGACCCCAGUCGAAGAGACCAUUCACAACAACAACUAUUCCGAAUGCUACGUGGUUAUGCUAGAAGGGCGAGUAUUGGGUCGAGUUGGUGAUAGGAGUGCUGCUCGCUUCGUGGACAAAUUGCGAAUGCUUAAAGUGCGUGGAGCAGAAAAUGUCCCCAAAACUUUGGAGAUCGCCUUUGUGCCGCGUACCCUGAAUGGCCAAUAUCCUGGCAUUUAUCUUUUCACCGCCUCAGCUCGUAUGAUGCGCCCUGUAUACAACAUUGCCGCUGGAACCGUCGAGCUAGUAGGAACGUUCGAACAAGUAUAUUUGAACAUCUGCGUUACGGAGGACGAAAACGAAAAUGGAAUUUUUACUCAUCAAGAACUUAGUGAAACUAGCUUUCUUAGUAACUUGGCGUGUUUAAUUCCGCUGCCUGAUUUCAACCAGAGUCCAAGAAACAUGUACCAGUGUCAGAUGGGAAAGCAAACAAUGGGUACACCCGUGCACAACUGGCGUUUCCAAACCAACAGCAAAUUGUAUCGGCUGCAGACACCUACCACACCUCUUUUCCGUCCAGCUCAUUGGGACCGUAUCAAUAUGGACGACUUUGCUAUGGGAACCAACGCAAUCGUUGCUGUCAUUUCGUACACCGGAUACGACAUGGAAGACGCCAUGGUCAUUAACCGGGCAUCGCUUCAGCGCGGUUUUGCUCAUGGCCAAGUUUAUACUUCAAAAGUUAUUGACUUGAAAGAGAUUGGUAAAGGAAAUUCGGAGCGAUACUUCAAAAGAGACCCUGCUAACGAUGAUUUGAAAGAAUUCCUUGAUGAGGACGGCUUGCCGUAUCCAGGAAUUUUGUUGCAAGAACGUGAUCCUUAUUAUUGCUAUCUAGAUGUUGAAACAGCGAAAUACUCGGUAGCGAAAUACAAAGGAACCGAAGCUAUGUACGUCGCUAACAUCAACAUCAUUGGAGCUGAUUGGAUGUCGGGAAUGAACAAAGUUACAAUUACGUUCCGGAUUCCCCGAAACCCACAAAUUGGAGAUAAGUUUGCUAGUCGAGCAGGACAAAAAGGUAUCUGCAGUCAGCAAUGGUUGGCCGAGGACUUACCGUGGACAGAAAGCGGUAUGAUCCCUGAUAUCGUCUUCAAUCCCCAUGGCUUCCCGUCCAGAAUGACCAUAGCCAUGAUGAUUGAGUGUAUGGCGGGUAAGUCGGCAGCCGUUCAUGGAUUGGUACACGACGCAACUCCGUUCCGUUUCUCGGAGAAAAACACUGCCAUUGAAUAUCACGGAAAGUUGCUGGAAGAAGCCGGGUACAGUUAUUAUGGUACGGAAAAGCUUUACAGUGGCAUAGAUGGCCGAGAAAUGGACGCCGACAUCUUCUUUGGAGUUGUUCAUUAUCAGCGUCUCCGACACAUGGUGUCCGACAAGUUCCAGGUUCGCAGUGUUGGUGCCAUUGAUCACGUAACUCUCCAACCGAUCAAAGGCCGUAAAAGAGGCGGUGGUGUACGAUUCGGUGAAAUGGAGAGAGACGGGUUGGUCUCACAUGGCGCAUUGUACCUUCUGUAUGAUCGUUUGUUUCAUUGCUCAGAUCAAUCUACGAUGGAUAUUUGUCGUGUCUGUGGAAGUUUUCUUCCUCCGCUUUCGAACUUAAAUUCAAGACGCAGUGGAUUUUAUCAUUCACAGAACGCUUUGAUGAAAUGUAGUGUCUGCAACGAUGGUGGGAAGAUGGAGGAAAUUAUGGUUCCAGCUGUAUAUAAAUAUUUGAUUGCUGAAUUGGGUUCAGUAAAUUUGCGGGUUUGUUUAAAACCAGCGUGUGUGUAAUGAGUGAAACCUUAUUAAACUUUGAAUGUCAA